UGGUGGUUGUAGCGGCGGCGGCGGCGGCGGCGCGGUAGCGGCGUCUCCGGGAGGCCCAGGCCUGAGCUAGAUCCGUAGUCCUCAGGGAGAACGGGCGUCGCGCGCGGCCCCGGCCCGGGACCCCAACGGCUUCCGAGCGGCGACGGUGACAGCAAUGGCUCAGGAAGCAAUGGACCUUGAUCUUCAGGUGGUAGAAGACGGUCCUGUUGUGGAGCAUCAGGAGGAGGCCUCUGCCGAAGCAUUUGUUGGGCAGAUGGAUGCCCCCUUACUCCCUGUUCCUCAAGUGCCUAUCGAAGUGACUGAGGAAGUUGUGUCCUCAGGCCUGGAGAAUGAGGAGACUGUGGAACUGGGAGCCGCAGCUGCAGAAAAUGCAGUAGCAGCCGGGAUCAAUCCCAUCCUCCCAGAGUCUGCCCUGAACUCAAUGAACAGUUUUCUUGAUCGACUCCAGCAGUUGCAUGGGGUGCUGGGCCUCCUGAGGCAGCCACAGCAGCUCGCGCAGACCGUGCGGACCAGGAGGAGGGCGGUCCGCCUGCAGAGGAGGGCAGGAGGGUCUCAGAGGACCGUGGACUACAGAUCAAGGGCACCACUGGACACGUACUUUCGGGUUAACAGGACACAGUCACUGCAGGCAGCCCACCUGCCCAACCGUAAUGACGAUGAUCCCGGCUCUGAGGACAUCCAUGUGUCGAGUGUCUCUGAUACAGAAAGUAAUAGUUCCAGUGAGAAUGAGGAGGUGGUGGAUGUCCAGAACGGGAAUCCAAUCGCGGCUGGGCUUGGAGUUUCUGGAGAGGUUCCUGGAGAGGCUCCUCCGCAGGACCCUUCGGCCCAGCCCCAAGCCACUCCUGCUGCUGCCGCAGAGGCUCCCCUCCCGCAGGAGUCUCCACUGAAGCCUGAACCAUCUCCUCCGGCUGCCAAGGGCCCCUCGGAAGAGGAGGAAGGGGACACUUGUGCCAUCUGCUUUGAACAGUGGACCAGUGCUGGGGACCACCGGCUGUCUGCGCUGCGAUGUGGGCACCUCUUUGGGUACAAGUGCAUCUCCAAAUGGCUUAGAGGACAGGCUGGGAAAUGUCCCCAGUGCAACAAGAAAGCCAAACGUGCAGACAUUGUGGUUCUCUAUGCCCGAACCCUAAAAGCCUUGGACACCAGUGAGCAGGAGCGCAUGAAAAGUUCCUUACUAAAGGAGCAGAUGCUGAGGAAGGAGGCUGAGUUAGAAUCAGCCCAAUGCCGGCUUCAGCUGCAGGUCCUUUCUGAUGAAUGUAACAAGCUCCGAAAUCACGUCCAGGAGCUGAAGGUUCUUGUGGCUCAGCACUCGUCGGGUCCAGCGCAGCCGGGCAGCUCCCAGGUGGGCUUCCAGAACUGCCUGCCCUUCAGCCAGAACCAGCACAAGUACCAGUUUCAGAAGGCCUUCACAGUGUCGCAGGAAGGGCGGUGCCGCAUCAUGGCCUACUGUGACUCCCUGAGCUGUCUGGUGGUGUCCCAGCCCUCUCCUCAGGCCAACUUCCUUCCUGGCUUUGGUGUGAAGAUGAUCAGUAUGGCAGACAUGAAGAGCAGUCAGUAUGUCCCGAUGCACAGCCGAGAGAUCCGCGGCCUGGCCUUCAGCAGCAGGCAGAACAGCUGGCUCCUGUCGGCCGCGCUGGACAACACGCUCAAGCUGACAAGCCUGGAGACCAAUACAGUGGUGCAGACGUACCACGCCGGGCGCGCCGUCUGGAGCUGCUGCUGGUGUCUCGAUGACGAAAACUAUAUCUAUGCUGGCCUGGUCAACGGCUCGAUUCUGGUGUAUGACCUGAGAGACACGAGCAACCACGUGCAGGAGCUAACUCCUCAGAAGUCCAGGUGUCCCCUGGUCUCGCUGUCCUACUUACCGCAGAUGGCUUCAUCGGCAUUUCCUGCUGGCGGGAUAUUAGCCGGAAGCUUGGAAGGUGCCUGCUUCUGGAGGCAGAGCAGCACUAACUGCUUUGACCCUCACAGCCUGCCUCUGGAGUCGGGGGGCUGCACUGACCUCCAGGCGGAGAGCCGCAGUGGGCACUGCCUUGUCACCUAUCGGCCCAACAAAAACCACAACUCGGUGCGCAGCGUGCUGCUGGAACUGACCUGCAGCUUAAAUGAAGCCACGGAGCCAGUCUACUCGUGUCGGCCCGUUCAGACAUUCAUCGCCGGACCCACUUGCAAGCUGCUGACCAAAAACGCCAUCUUCCAGAGCCCGGAGGAGAACGGCAGCAUCCUGGUGUGCGCCAGCGACGAAUCCUCCAACUCUGCCCUGAUCUGGGAUGCAGGCAGUGGCAACCUCUUGCAGAAGCUCCAGGCAGAGCAGCCAGUGCUGGCCCUCUGCCCCUUCGAAUUCAACCAGAACAGCUACCUGGCCUCCCUGACGGAGAAGGCCGUCCAGAUCCAUAAAUGGGAGUGAGGGGGGCGCACGUCCAGCGCACCGUGGGCCCGACUCUGGCAGUCUCGUGGUCGGGCACAGACCUGUGGCCAGUCAUCGGCUGGAAUGUUCUGACCUCCAAAGCUGAGCCCCGGACCUGGCGCAGGGGCAGCCGGCAGUCUUUUUGUGCACUUCUGUGUGGGACUUUAUGUGUUUUCUCUCUCUGCCUUCUUAACUAGCUGGACCCAGAGAACCUCUGGACGGGAGAGUGUAUCAGCCUUUGGGGUGUGGUUCAUGAAAGCUUCCCCUGGGAAGCACAUAUACUGCAUUUACUGAAGUCCUGUUUGCUGGUUCCAUUUUUAACAGGCACAGAGAAUUGUUUCUCUGAUCAGGCACAAGGGUGUGCUAGGGAAGAGAGGAAAGGAUUAUUAUUGACUGAGUAGCCCAAUGAAGGGGGUCCCUUGAGAAACAGGGCAUCUUUUGUUGGGGUCUCAGCUCUGUGACUUCCCCUAGCUGGUUCUGUGCAGAGCCCCUUGAGAAAGCUGCCUGGGCCUCUGUGACUUGUAGGGUGAGGGGAGGAAGACUUUGGGGAUCUCAGGACAAAUGUGUCUUAACAUCUGAAGUCUGUAUCUUCCUCCUUCUCUCUUCAAGAAAUGUUAGAAAAACAAUAGGAAUUAUGUCAAGUUAAUUCUUUUCUCUCCAUCAAUAGCAGCCAACAAAGAAGUGGCAAAGGAAGGGGAAUUUUAAUUGAUCUAAAAAUGGAACGUGUGGGCAGAAUGGUGUCUUCAAGCUAGUUAUCAGAAAAAUCCCAGUAUCGUUGUUACCUAUAUACACACCUAGGCGUGAAGUUCCGUGCUGCUCUUUGAACCGCUUCUGCCGCCCAGGUGUGCUGUCUUAGUGAUGCUUUUCUCCAUCCCAACUGCAGUUAGACCCCAAACUCCUCCCCGCCAUCCCUUGUGGUCCUGAGGCUUGUUUCUCCAGAGGGUCGCCAGUAGAAUGGCAGCAUCUGGACACAUGGCAUGCCCGGGAUCCUGCAAAGGGUCUCCAUUUGGACACUUCUGUUCCUUUAAUGGAGAAUUCCGGUAGUCUGAACUGACAACCCAGUGAUCCAGUCAGAAAAGUUUCCAGGUGCAGGCCCAGGAAAUGAGUAACCCAGGGCUUUGAAAGCUGUUUUUUUUUUUUUUUUUUCAUUAUUCGCAAAGGUUUGGGGGCUUAACAUAAUUUAAGGAAAGAUAAGGCAGUAUUGCUUCCAAGACCCUGGGUACCCAUCGUUCCAUUAGCUGGAGGGGCCACAGUUCUCUGGCCCAAAUGUUCCAAGAGCCUGUUCACCCUUUGGUAGGUUGUGGUUUUCACAAAUUAAAUGGCCACUGGCCCCUUUCCUUCUCUUCUCAGAUAGUUUUUCAGUCCCAGCUUCUUGACCUGUGAGAGAGAAAGAAAAAUCCCUUUUUAUCAGCCAAAGAAGGUUUGUUUCCUCUAUUUUGAUUAACAAGAAUUGUUGCCUGAAUCUGGGCCUGGGGCCCAGAUGGCAGCACAAAACUUGAGUUAACACCCACUCACUUGGGCCUUUCAGCAAGCAGACUGCUAGCAUAAAUGAGAAGGCAGGCACUGGGCACAGGCUCUCAGUCUGCAGAGAGGCCCUGACUGCGGACCAAGGGUGGGGGGGGCUCAGGUUGUGCUCUUGUCUAGGGGACCUCAGAGCUUGGAGUUAGCCGUUCAGCAGGUCAGAUGCAUUAAGGUUCCAUGCAACCAGGGAUGAGUUUUUUAAUUGAAAUCCCCUAAAGGAUAGGAAAAGGAAAUGACUUAGGCAGGCAAGGUUGAAAUUUUGCCAAUUUACUACCAUGAAUUCAGGCUUUUUGCUGGCAAACAUGAAAACAAAGAACUAAAUUUAAGCACUCCCUCAAAAUGCUAUCAGGAGUAGGAUCAAAAUUAUUCUCAACUUGACGGCCAGAACUAUCGAGUGCUAUGUUGACUGGCAAGAAAGCCUGCAAUCAUGUGCCCAGUACCAGCAUCUCCUACCUUUGAGCCUUCGAACAAUUUGGUUUGCAUGUGUUCAUCAAAGGGUUGUGCGGCUAGAAAAUAAGAACCUCCUCCUCAUGAGGAUCUGUAUCUGAGGGUCCUUCCUAGAGUCUAUAGGGUAUAUUCUUUGUGGCUUCUGGCACGGUAUUUUUAAUUUCUGUUAUUUCCCAUCUAAAUCUUGGAGCUGAGAAAUGGGAGUGUUUUGGACUUGCUUUGUGCCUAAGUCCAUACUUGCUUGGAAAAAGAUUAUGUGAUCUUAAAAAGCCUUUGUUUAAUUGUACUUUUUGUGUCCGCUGUGUAUAUGUAAAAAUAAAGAAUUUACAAUAGGC